AUGAAGACCGAAGCACUGAAGUCCAGCAAGUUUGUGUCGGAAAGCAGAAAAAUUCGUAAACCUUUGAUGGAGAAAAAAAGAAGAGCGCGAAUUAACGACAGUUUGGAAUCUUUGAAACAGAUUCUCCUAGAAUCGAAAACGUCGAUUAAGGAACCAAAAAAUGGACAACGGACAGCUAAGUUAGAAAAAGCGGACAUUUUGGAGAUGACCGUCAAGUACUUGCAGAAUCUCCAUAACAAGCUCCGCCAAUUAGAGCGGACGAAAGAAAACAUUUUACCACCUCCUCAAUCACGGGAUCAGAUCAAGAUACGUCCAGCUGACAGUUCAAGUGACAGUGUUAAAGUAGGAGUAACUUUAUUUCCUACAACUUUGGGUAAUGGAGAGAUACUUUUUGUGGUUCCAUCAAAUUUAACGCGAACCAUUAAAAACAUUAACGAUAAAAACAUGGAAAGUUUACCUGUGUGGAGGCCUUGGUAA